AUGGACAAACAAAAAUUGAGAGUUACUUGGCAAUCAAGUGAUUGGAGUUUCAGUAGACAAAAGAAGUUACAGGAAUUACAACAUACCUAAUCUACUUUGAGAUUCCAACAAUAACGAGCCUAAACAGAGUCUAAAGAAACUCUAAAGAGAAUCACAAAUCCUCCCAAUUUCCAUGAAUAUGUACAAUUAAUCGAAAAAAAAUAUCGGAUACAGAAUUUGAGUAGACCACAAAGAAAGGUUGGAAAUGGAAGAAGCCUUGUUCAAAUUUGUUCCACAAAAUCUCUAGUUUUAUACGAAUCGUUACCUAAUCUCAAUAAAUGA